AUGGAAAAAACUGCAAAAAUUCCCACGCUAAUCAUCACAACAAACUCUGUUCCCAAUUUGGUACAACAACCUACCUCGGCAGCCGAUUUACAACCUUCUGAUCUCUCAGGGCUUUCUGGACCUGAGAACACAUUUACAACUAAGCCCAAUCUAUUAACAGCUAACAACCUAGCUCUCUUACUUGACUCUACUACCAACUUCCACCAAGAUCUACCUAUGGACACUCACUCAAAUACUACAAUCGAAUCCUUACCAAAAACAAAAAAAUUUUAUGCUACUGCACUUAUAGAAACAAACUGUCCUCCUCUACCAUCUAUACUCGAUGAAAUCAGAGCUAUAAUUAAUUACAUAUUUACACCUGAACCAAUUAUUCUACCAGCUACUUCCCAACAAGAAGUUGAAACUGCCAUUGCAUUUUUACAUACUCACUUUACCUUCAGAGAGGUUCCCCUUCAUAUUGUCAAUAUCCCUGAACUCCCUGUAUCCAAAUGGGAACUUUUUAACAACUAUGUCCCUUAUGAGUGA